GGGUUUUGUAAUUAAUAUGCCAUGCAGUACAGCUCUUUCUGUUAGUAUACCUCUACAGAAGCGUGCCUGGGAGCGCGCCAAGCCAUUCGUAGGUGAUGUGCAAGUCAAACUUUAUGGCUGCUUAGAGGAGUCAACUUAAGAGACAUGAGAGCUCCAGGACUGCAAGGGCGCGGCGACUGGGUGGUGGUGGAAACGCUAGUAUCGCUCGUCGAGCUCGCGCUGCUCUCGCCGCCAACACCGGUAGCGAGCACGUUCUCGCUGGUGCUGCAGUCCGUAGGCGCCGGCCCCGAUACGUCGCGCAGUGCGGUUGCGGACGUCAUCUCCGAGUCCGCCGCGCUGCCCAUACUUCGUCAGUUCGCGUGCAUUCCGCCUGAUGUGCGGCCGGAGGGUGUGUUUGAGGAGCUGGCGGCCUGGGCGGGCGGCGGCAUGGGCCCCGGGGCGGGCUCCGCCGCCGGCUUGGCUGGGGCAGGGCCCGGCGGCGGCGGCGGCGGUGUGGCGGCUGGGGGCGACGAAGCGGGCGGUGGCGGCGGCGGUGGUGGCGGCGGUGGCGGCUGGACGGGUCUGAUGGGCUUUGGCAUGAACCGGGUGGUGCCGCUGGAUGCGCUGGUUGCGUUCGUCGCCACGGUGGGCGCGGGUGGGCUGGAGGAGCGCGCCCACGCGGCGUUCUGGACACUGGACAGGGACGGCGUCGGUUACCUCACCCUGGAGCAGCUACUGCGCCUCACGGGGCUGCUGGUGGCUGUAGCAGCCGCGGGCCGCCGCGUGCUGGGCCUGACGCCGCUGCCCGCGGCUGCUACAGCCGGCGGCGGCGACCCGCAGCGCCGGACGCAGGACGGCGCCGCCGCCGGCGCCGCGGCUCAGGACGGCGGCGGCGGCGGCGGCGGCGGCGUGGCGGCGGCGGCGGCACUGGCUGACGGCGUCAGUCGGGCGUUGUUGGACGGGGCGCUGUCGCGCGCGUUCUUGGACCACGGCCUUCCCGCGGAGGGGCUGCUGCCGCCCCGGCUCACGGCGGACCGGCUGGCGACAGUGGUCCAGUCCACCGCCAGCCACAUCACCAUGGCUGUAGUGGCGCACGCCACUGCUACAGCCACCGGGCAGGAGUACGGGCAGGGCAGUAGCUUCCACAGCCGCAGCCACAGCCACGGGCAAGGGCACGGGCAGGGGAACGGGCAAGCGCAAGGGCACGGCCUGACCGUGCACGCCAGCAGUGGCGGCGGCCUGUACUACGGCCACCACGGCAUGCUUAGCACAGGCGGCGGCGGCGGCGGUGGCGGCAGUUUUUACGGUUCCAAUCCCGCCAGUCAGUCUAACAGCCUCCAGCGCGGUGCAUUGGCCGCCGCCGCCGGCGGCGGCGGCGGCGGCGGCGGCGCGCCGCUGGCGCUGCCGCCGCGGCCUAGCGCGCCCGCCACCAGCGGCGCCGGCGGCGCCAGCCGCCACACGCGCGCCCCGAGCUUAGGCGUCCUCGGCGGCGGCGGCGCCUUCCAGCUGCUGUCGGGCCAGCUGUCGAGUGGGUACCAGGUGCCGCUGGCGCCGCCGGCGCCGCCGCCGCCGCCGCCACUGCUGCCGCAAGCCCUGGGCGGCGACGGGCCGCCAGGUCAAACGACACUGGGCAGUCGCAAUGGCUCGCUAGACGUGCUUAAUGGCGGCGGCGGCGGCGGUGGCGGCGGCGGCGGUGGAGGGCCAGCGUAUCAGGGUUUUGAGGCCGCCGCCGUCGCGGCCGCGGCCGGCGCCGCGGCGUCAGGGAAUGGCCAGAUACCCGGGUUCGGGCCGGGCGGCUAUGGCGGCGGCGGCACUAGCGUUGGUGGUGGUGGUGGCAUGGGCGGCGGCGGCGGUGGGGGUAACCUUACCAGCUACAGCAGUUUCAUGUCGGAAGGGGGGCGGAGCACUAACGGCCGGUUCGGGCACGGAGCGGGGGGGGCGGUGCUGCCGGGCGGCGGCGGCGGCGGCGGCGGCGGCUCGACACUGGGGCGCGGCAGCGGCGGCGCGGCGCUGCAGAGUGUGACCGCCGGCGGGGCCUUACAGAGUGUGACCGCCGGCGGGGCGCUCGACCCUGGGGCCGCACACGGGCCGGCCGGCGCCGCCGGGACGCCCGCGGCCGCCGCUCGCGGCGCCGCCCCCGCGCCGCGGCACGCCGUGUCUGCCGGCGGCGCGUCUCUGUUCGGCGGCUGGGGCACAGCGGCCGCUACCGCCACCGCCACCGGCACCAGUGCCGGGGCGGCGGCGCCUGGCCGCGGCUUUGGCCUGUCGCGCUUCGGCGUGUGGGCCGCUACGGCGUCAGUGGGCGGGGCUCUGUUCAACUUCGGAAGGCGGCAGCAACCACAGACGGCGGCGGCGGCGGCGGCACCGGGUAUCGGGACGUCGCAGCCGGACGGCACCCUCGGCGGCAGGGUGCCGUCAGGGCCGCCGCGUACGGACGGCGGCGGCGGCGGCGGCUACGGCGGCUACGGCGGCGGCGGCGGCUACGGCGCUGAGGCUGCCUCGUCCUCAGCCGGCGCGGCGCAGGCACCCGGCGGCCUGCUGCGUCCGAGCUACGGCAGCACCAACAUCGCCACCACGUCCGCCACGCCGCCGCUGCCUAUGCCGCUGCUGCUAUCGCAGCGGUUGCUGCCGCCGCACAUGCACACCUCCGCGCUGGACCGGGUGAGCGAGCACCCGGGUGACGCCGCCUCCGUGGUGGGCUUCGCCUCACCCAGCAGCAUCGCCGCCGCCACAGACAGCGGCGGCCGCUCCGACGGCGCGUACGGCGGCUCGCCGCCGCCGCCGCACCACGCCGGCACGGGCCUGAGCGGCACCGGCGGCGUCACAGCCUCGCCAACCUCCACAUCGGCCUCCUCCGCGCCGCGCGCCGCCACAGCCGGCGGCGCCACCGCCGCCAGCCGCGCUGGCGGCGGUGGAGACGGUGGCGGCGGCGGCGGCGGCGGAGGCGGGACUGCUAGCGGGCCGACGUCUCCAGGAGGCGGGUCCGAGCCGAGCGUGCGGAGCUACGUACGACACACCACUGGUGGGCUGCGGUUCGGAAGGGGCGACACGGCGGGGCGGAACGAGGCGCCAGGCAGCCCUUUGCAGGCUGGCGGCGCCGCCGGCGCUGACGGCGGCGCGGCGGCGGCGGCUGGGACGGGCUACGAGCCGUUGCCGCCGCCCCAAGGCGACACGCCGGGCGCAGGUGCGAGCGGGACCAGUGGCGGCGGCGGCGGCGGCUUUGCGCGAGCGACCGGCGGCCUGCUGGGCAGGUGGCGGCGGCCGUCGGCGUCGGUGGCAGGGGCAGCGGCGAGUGGGGCGGUGUCGCGCACCGGCGGCCACAGCCCUGCAGUCGACGGUGCCAGCCCGAGCCGCCUGGGUGGCGGCACGCCCUCUGGACUGACCCGCAACAGCGUCGGCACUGGCGGCGGCGGCGGCGGCGGCGGCGGCGGCGGCGGCGGCGGCGGCGGCGGCGGCGGCGGCCUGGGCCCGGGCCAGGUGUCUGUGGAGCUUGUGCCUGUGGGGCGCAACGGCAAUGAAGACGAGCCGCGGAGCCCGGAGCGCCGCAUGCCGGUCUUCUCUUUGGGCGGCGCGCUGGCGGCGGCGGCGGCGGCGGCGAGUACGGCGGCCGGAGGGCCGGAGGCGACGCCCACCGCUGCCGUCAACGGCGGCGGUGGCGAGUACGGCGGCCGCCCAGCCAGUGGCGCAGUGAGCUACAGCCCGUUCCUUAGCCGGAGCAGCCCUGGCGGCGGCGGUGGCGGCGGUGGCGGCGGCGGCGGCGGGCCUAUGCUGGCAAGCGCUGCGCCGUCGCCGCUGGAGGGGCACGCGCACAGCUCCUUCGCGCACGCGCCCCACAGUCUGGAGGAGGCCGCGACGCGCGCAGAGGAAGCGGCCAAGGCCGAGGCAGCCGCCGCCGCCUCGCGCGGCGCGGCGGCCGCCGCAGGCGGCGGCGCAGCCGGCGGCGGCACUGGCGGCGGCGGCGGGGCUGGCGGGAACGGCGCCGGGAGCCCCGGCGGCGGCGGCGCGGGCGGCGGCGCGGGCGGCGGCGGCACGGUGCUCCCGCCGCUGCAGCGCACGAUCCGCAGCAGUGUGCAGCAGGCGGGUGUGAAGCUGUUCCUGCACUGCGGCGUGUGUCUGCUGUCCAUCAUUGCGCUGCUGCUGCUGGACGCGGCGCUCAUCGCCUGGAUCUACCUGGACCGUCAGUUCAGGCUGUCACUGAGUCUGGUAAUCGUGGCGGCAUCCAACGCUGGUCUGGUCCUGCUGGUCCUGCUCAUCACGAUUGUACGGUCUUGCAUGGCGGACAGGGCCGCCGCCAUCGAGGCCGCCGCCGCGGCGCGCCGCGCCGCCGGCAACGGCAACGGCGGCGGAUCGGGCGGUGGCGGGAUCGUCGAGUUCGUGGUGAGCAACUUCGUGGCCCCCGCGCUUCGGACCAUGGGUGUCAUCGGUGGCGGCAACGGCAACGGAGGUGGCGGCGGCGCCGCCAGGAGUGCGGGCGGAGGCGGUGACGCCGAGGGCCGUUCAAGCGGCGGCGCAGGUACGCCAGGCGGCGGCGGCGGCGGCGGUGGUGACGGCGGCUGGGGCUCGCGCCUCAAGGUGCUGUGGACCACCAUUGGCCGGGUCGCCGGCUUUGACGCGGCGCUAGGGGACGUGAGCCAGCACGGCGGCGCAGGUGGCGGCGGCAUGGGCGGCGUCGGCAGCGGCGCUGGCGGCGGCGGCGGCGGCGGCGGCGGGGAUCCCAUGAUGUCGUCUGGGCCCGGCGGCGGCAGUGGCGGAAUGGGCGGCAUGGGCGGAGGCGGGCGCUUCGGCGUGGAUGUGGAGGCGGGCGGCAUGGGUCCUGGGCAAGGGGGGCGCAUGGGUGGUGAGCUGGGGCCAGGAAUGGGCGGCGGCGGCGGCGGUGGCAUGGGCGGCGGUGGCAGCUACGGCGGGGGCGGCGGCGGAGGCGGCUACGGAGGUUAUGGUCGUGUCAUGUCACUCGAGCACGAGGGCGGCGGUGGCGGUGGCGGUGGCGGCAUGGGGCAGGGGAUGGAUCCCGGCGGCGACGUGGCGGGAGGGAACGGUGGAGACGCGGGGGCAGGGUUGCAGGGCUCGGUGAAUGGCGGGGGCGGCGGCGGCGGCGGCCCGGGUGGCGGCGGGGUGGCGGCGCGUCAGCGGACGCGUGGCGUGGCGGUUCCGGGGUCGUACCAGAUGAGUGUGCCCACGAUGCGAAGGGUGGAGCAGGCGUACCCGGCCAUUUGAGCCUUGCAAGCGGCGAAGGGGAGGGAUUUGUUUUUCCAGGAAGCAAGGAGUACUAUAUGUCGCGGUCGCAUAACGCAGGGGGAUUUACGGUGAUACCUAUGUACGGUGAUUUGGUGAAUGGCGUACUCACGUACUGCAUGGUCACUGCGUGGAAGGUACCGGUACAUUCACUUGAGCACAUGCGGCCUUAUACGUGACGUGGCUGCGUGUGCUGCGUAGGGAUUUGUGUGAUGGCAUAGGCGGGGGCCACGUGCGAACUUCGACGUCGUGUGAGCAAUGCCCUUAGAGGGCCGCCGUGUGAGUGCGAGGGAUGACGUGUUUGAAGCCCGCGAUUCCGAACUGUGAACAAGACAGGAUGUGAGCGGCAACUCGGCAAUGGCAGCGCGUGCGGACGGACCACGACGGGGAUGCACGCGGGAUUGGUUGCUGGGGUGCAGUGCACAGGAAGGAUAGGCGCGGGGAGCGAAAGGAAGGAGCGGCAGUCGUGUGUGGGGCCCCAUGCGGACGCAAGUAGGCAGGCGCUGGGGGUGCACUGCUGUAUACAGUAGCGCGCAUAUGCUGGCGCGUCUGUGGCAGUCGGUAUGUUGGCCACUCGGCCCGAUGGAUGGACGCCCACGCGCGCUGCGUCAUAUCACUCACGCCCC